AUGUAUUCGUUAUUGGUCUCGAAUUUUUGUGAUACUGUUGCACGUGACAACUUAAUGGGACAAUUACGAGAUCGAAGGAUUGGAUUAUCGGACCUCAAUGAGUUCACAGACAAAUUUUCGAAUGAUGAUGAUGAUAAUCAAUCAGUCGAAUUACCCGCCCCAGAAAUCUCUAUACCUGAUCCACAUACCCCAAACCAAAUAGUCGUAAGCCUUGUAAUGGUUUCACGAUUUAUCGUAAGGUUUAAAAUGACAUUAAUCUCUCGUUGGGCUUCAGCUUUAUGGUUAAAAGAAAACAAGAGACUUAAAGAUGCCUAUCAACAAUUUGUAAGAUUUAAUUUAGAAAAUCAUCAAGCAAGAUUAGAAAUUUCGAGAGAUCGCCUUAUUACAGCAAGAUUAUUAGUCGCCCCUUAUAUUGUUAGUUCUCCCGUUUCUUCCUCAUCGACUCCUUCAACGUCCGACUCCGUUACGCCACAUUAUCAUUACGUUAAUCAGCCCUCUCCCGCCCCAAACUUACAUGUGGUUCAUCAACAAUACCUGUAA